AUUCAAAAAUGUUAUGCAAAAUUGUAAGAAAUAAAAAAGCUUAAGUAUUCAUCAUUUCACUUAUUUUCAGAUGAAUGCACACUCAGGAGCUGCUUUGCUGGUGUGGCAGACCCUCCCUCUCUCAGCCAUGUAUGCAGAGGAGGUGAGAGAGAUCUCAGCUCCUCAGUCACAGCCAGGAAGUGCAUUCCCUAGGUUUUCACAGGCAAAGCGUGCGAGGAAAACACGCGAGUCUUACUUCACUGAAAGGAAGGUAAAUUAUUAUAUUCGCAAGUAACAAAUAUAAACCAAAGCCACUUAAGUGACUGCUGUAACUUUUAGGAAUGGCGCGUCCGUUGGUAGUAUCGCGAGGCUUGAAUUUUUGGGCGAGAAUCCGCCUGAUACUUCCCGGAAACAGGCGCAUUACAAUGUAGCCAGCCCGCACAAACAAACCCGUAAUGUUAAGUCUUUACUUGGAGUCUUAUUAACUUAACCUCAGCUCCAGACUAGCGUCUGUUCACACGUAGCUCGUAGCUUACAGUUUUAUUUCCAAACUCCUCGGCGCCCGCUAUGAAUAGACGCUAACUAGCUUGCUAGUCGGGAGACAAGCAGCAGUUGACUGAAAAAUUACCCGAAGAGAGAAAUGUCGGCGGAGCAAAGGACAAGCUGGAUGCUGACAGGCGCCACGGUCGCUGGUGUCACCGCCCUGUAUGUGCCCUGUGUGCAGAGGACUGUGUCCGGCGGAGACUCAGGAGAGCUGAUCACCACUGCUUGUGAGCUGGGGGUGGCCCAUCCUCCAGGAUACCCUCUCUUCACCCUACUAGCUCGCUUGGCUAUGUGCCUUCUGCCCUCCCUCUCUCCAGCCCACAGUGUCAACCUGAUGUGCAGCCUGCUGGGGGCUGCAGCUUGUGGUGCCCUGUGCAUUUCUGUUUGCAGGUUGGCAGGUCCUGGUCCUGGUGCAGUUCUGGCCGGAGGACUGUUCGCUGUGUCCAGGCUGAGCUGGCAGUGGUCCGUGGUGGCAGAAGUCUUCACCCUCAACAACCUUUUUGUUGGUCUGCUCUUUUUCUUGAUUGCCAGCUUCCACCGUGCUGAGAGCACAACCCAGAGAAGGAAGACUGCCCACUGGGGAGCGCUGUGCUGUGGCUUGGGGCUCUGUAACCAGCACACCCUGGUGCUGUAUGUAGUGGCCAUUAUUCCUUGGGUCCUUCAACGCCUGCACUCUCACAGGGAGCUGUCUCUGCGUGGCCUUGUGUCUUUGGGAGUGUGUUUCCUUGCUGGCUUUCUGCCAUACAUCUACCUGCCCAUGUCAUCCUACCUCAACACAGCCCGCUGGAGCUGGGGGGAUCAGACCACCCUGUCAGGCCUGCUGACCCACCUGCUGAGGGCUGAAUAUGGCACCUUCAGUCUGGCAAAGUCAGAGAGCUCAGUAAACCUGACCACAAUGCUCAAGGCCCAGUUGGACCAUUGCCUGGCAGACCUUUCGCUUCCCACUCUGGUGCUGGCGGCACUGGGCAUUCUCCUCUCCUCGUGGGACAGGAUGUGUCGCUCUGUGUCCUGGUUGUGGACUGUCAUGUUGGUGCUCUACUCACUGUUUUUUGCUUGGAGAGCCAACCUGGAUAUCAGCAGACCCCUACUGCUAGGAGUGGUUGAGCGUUUCUGGCUGCAGAGCGAUGCUGCAGUGUGUGUGCUGGCAGGCCUCGGCUUGAGCCGGACACACAGCGAGCUGGAGAGGAGGCUGGGCCAUGGGGGGCUGUGGAAGACCACAGGCUGGGUCCUCACCAUGGCUCUGCUGGCACAUAUGGUGCGCACCAAUCACAGGGAAUGUGAUCAGAGCAGAAACAGCGUGGUCGAGAGGUUCGGCAGGGAGCUUCUGACUUCCGUCCCGACGGACUCAAUCAUCCUGACCAGAGGAGAUCUGCCUGGAAACUCGCUGCGCUACUUAUACUACUGCCAGGAUGUACGGCCUGACGUACGGCUGGUGGACCAGGAGAUGAUGACGUACUCGUGGUAUGUGGCCAAGCUGGCGCAGCACCACCCUGGGGUUCGCUUCCCCGGCCGCUGGUGGGACCCCGUCCACCCUGAGGAGAAAGACACCUUCACCCUGGAGCAGUUUCUGUCCCACAACACACAGAGGCAUGUGUUCGCCUGCAUCGGGCUGCCUGAGGGAGACCCGAGCUGGGAGAAUAGUUUCUCCCGAUGGCCAAUGGGUGUGUGUGAUUACCUGGCGCCACUUCAGAGGCAGUUUCACCCUAAAGAUUGGGCCGAUCGAACCCGCAACAUCUAUAACUGGAGUGAGCCACACGACAGUUUCCAUCCUGCGUCCUGGGAGCACGUCGCUAAUGAGGAGAUGUGGCAGGCCAGGAUGAAGACGGCUUUCUUUCUGUUUGACCUGGCAGAAAGGAUGCAGGGAGAGGGGAAAGCUGGCCUCUUUGAGCUGUCUUACAUUCUGUAUAAGGAGAUUGUGGAGGCCCACUCAGACUACCCUCCAAACUGGGACAAGAACUUGGCGCUGGCCUGUGAGAGGCUGCUCCGCUCGGGUCACCGGGGCUACAGUCCAGACAGCCUGCUGACCUGCAGCACCCAGCACUUCAGUCUCUACUUGGAGAAGGAACGUACAGAUCCCCAGGCGGACGCCAUACGCUCGGCCAUUGCUCACCUGCUCCAGGAGAGAGACAGGCUUUCCCAGGGCCGGAGGCGAACCCCAUGAUAAGGUCCAGACAAACCUACACAGAGCUGGCAGACUGAAAGUGCACCGCAAGCCUGACCCAAAGUGAAAGGCACUGGGGAGUGAUCCUGGAUGCGCCUCUUCUCAUGGCAGAAAGGUGGCCCAAAAGGAUUGAAGAAGUAGUGUUUAGUUUAGGUUUUUGGCUAAAUGGACACAGCCAAAUUGGACUUAGACAGAGAACAACCACUCUGCCUUUCUCCAUUGAUGAAUGUUUACAGUCGACGAGGAAUGGAGCCUUAACUGACCCCAAUCAAGCUGUGCGUGCUCCCCUUAAACUCGCCCAUAAAACUUGAUUGCUUUAUCAUUAACAUCUCGUUCUUUUUUUUCCCCCCUCUUCCUCUUCCGCUCUCACAGUUUUCAACGUGCUGAUUAUUUUUGCCUCAGCCACUGCUCCAGUUCUCUUUUUCUCACAUUAGGAUGGCAAGGCCGAGAUUGAGGGAAAACCAAUUUGGGGGCAGAAAUGGGGGAUUAGAGCGGCUGUUUAAUCUAGGACAGACUUGUGCUGUGCCACACAGUCCUCACUACCCCAGCACUACCCACCCAUCCACCCACCCCUCUGUCCUUCCAUCAGUCUAUCUUAGAUGGUCCUUUAAAUGUUUAAAACUAAUGGAUUCGAUGAGUGUUUUUUUCCCCCCUCUCCUCGUUCCUAACAGGAGGGCUGUAAUCCCUCGUGGAUUUAAAUGAAAUGUGAAAUGUCACAAUGCCAGGGACCCUUUUAGAGGUGCGUUUCUGCGUGCAAUGUGUGUUGAUUUGCGUGUGUGUGAACAUGGUUAAAUCUCCGCCCAAGCCUUUUUUUUUUUCUUUUUCCGUGCCCGGAAGCGCGUAGUCAAUAAGCAGUUCGGCACACUGGAAAGACAGAGAAGCACAAAGUCAUGCAAACUCCAGGGACACACAAAAGACACGCAACACUGUCAGCCUCCCAGCUCCCAAAAAAUGAACAUUUACCCCCGCGAGGGUUGCUGGAGAGACGAUGUAGCAUCCGAACACUGCAAGAGUCGAACGUCUUUGACGUGUUCUCAGGGUCCAAGAACUCACUUACACACUGUCUUUGUAAAUGCUGAUGCUGAUGUUAAUGAACCUUGUGCCGUGAAAUUUGUCGUGCAGAGGUCAAACCAGUGUAUUGCCGUAAGCUUCAUAACACACCGCUGAAGGAGCCUGCUGUUUAAGAUACCACUCGAAAGCGAAGGACAGAAAAGUGCAUGUGUAGUUUUCUCAGAGUGUAAUCUGCCCUCUCUGUUCGCAGGCCUGGUUAGCGGCUGUCAGCUGGCUGGAUGAUGAGAUUCGACCUGCUGUAGCACAGAUGGUUUGCUUUCUCUUAAAAAAGAAAAAAAAGGGGGGGAGAACUGUCACUGUGCUUUCUGCAGAUUAAGAUAUUUCAAUAAAGAGUCUGUUUAUUUUAAUUCA